AUGGCGCCUGUUCGGAGAUAUCUCCGCAUCAGCAAAUAUUCGGUGCUAGAGUGCCGCAUCUACGUCGACAACCCGGCCCUCGUGCAGUCUUGGCUGCUGCACCCCCGCGAUCCAGUGCUCCCCCGUGUCAUUGAGAGCGUGCGGCCCUUGGUACUUCCGAAGUUAAUGGAGGAAAGGGAACGGGCAAAGAAAAAGGGCACAAAGAAGAAGGGUGCGAUCCGUGACGUGCUUGUCGAAGGUAUGCAAUGGCGGGCGGUAACUUCCAAGAUUCACACCCUCACCGGUGGGACGAGCGACGCGCCCAUUGAUGUAGAGGACGGUGGCAAUGGUGACCUGCGGGUCGAGCUCGACCAAGAUGGAAAUUUCGAGAACGGCGAUGGAGACGAAGACGUUGUUUUGACAGCAGCAAGUGUGGGAGGCACAAGGCAACAGCCUGACCGGGAAACCCCGCCAAAUCUGCUUCUGGAAGACAGCGACGACGAAGUCCCGUUUGCCCUGCAGGAUAUCCCUGAUAUCCAAGAGGACAAAGAGGGCGGUGUUGAUACUGCAGAUGCUACGACACGGCGGCCCAAACGCCAAAGACAAGACCCUGUACAGGUCAGGGACAGUGGUGACGAUGAAGACGGCGCCAACAAUCGUGAGGGGGCCGAAAGUGACAACGACUCACUAUUCGUGAGUGACAACGAGAAUAAUGACGACCACGAAGCACCUCCGUCGAAACGCUCGCGGGUCGUCCCUGUGGAUGCUGACAAUGAAGACGAGGCGAGCCGCAAGAAGAAGAAGCUAGCUAUGGACGUCAUCUACGAAGGUUUUGCCAUUUACGGCCGCGUCUUGUGCCUCGUGGUAAAGCGACGUGGUCCGCCUCGUGGCCGAGGUGCGCAGACUCUUCUUCCAGCCUCGGUCGGUGGCAGUCGACCAGGAAAUACGUCGACUAGCCUGGAACCUACAAAACCGGGGGGGCAAGCUGCCAUGGAAAACUGGAUUGCCUCGACACAAAUGCCAAUACCCCAGGCAUCCGAGACGGGGAUGUCUUAA